CAUGUACACGUCCAGGCUCUUCACCCUCGUCCUGGUGGUGCAGCCGUCCCGCGUCCUCCUGGGCAUGAAGAAGCGUGGGUUUGGAGCCGGGCUGUGGAACGGCUUCGGGGGGAAGGUGCAGCCCGGGGAGAGCAUCGAGGAGGCUGCUCGCAGGGAGCUCCUGGAGGAGAGUGGACUGACUGUGGACACCUUGCAGAAGAUGGGUCAGAUCACAUUCGAAUUUGUAGGCAACUCUGAACUCAUGGAAGUUCACAUUUUCCGGGCAGAUCACUUUCAUGGAGAGCCAACAGAAAGCGAGGAAAUGCGUCCCCAGUGGUUUCAGCUGGAUGAGGUGCCCUUCGAUCACAUGUGGGCAGAUGACAGCUAUUGGUUCCCCCUGCUGCUUCAGAAGAAGUUGUUUCGUGGCUAUUUUAAGUUCCAGGGACAAGACACGAUCCUGGAGCACACCCUGAAAGAAGUGGAGGAAGUUUAAGAAAACGGAAGCAUAACCCACAUGUGCUGCCCACAUUGGGCUGGAACACCACGAGUAGUACUUACAAGGGUCUCCUGCAAAGGAGACUGAUUUGCUGGGUCACUGGGAACUAAGGAAAAUAAGGGGGUUUCUUAGAGCAGAAAUAAAAGUAGUGAGAUUUUUCCAAGCUGUGGAGUCCCUGGCUGUGGUAUGCUUUAGUGGUUAUGUGGUCACAAAUAUUUAAAACUUAGUGAUAACCCUUUUCUUUGCAGGUAGCUACUUCUUUAACUUUUCCCUUGUGGCUGGAAAUUUUUUUCUAAUAAUA